GGUGUCUAUCUGGAAAUGGUAUUAAAAGAAAGUUCUGUGAACAUUUGGAUGCAAAAUAUAAGGCUAGCAAUUUUUGGUUUGUUUAUUGGGGCAAUUCUUAUUUUAGUAAAAGAUACGAGAAGAAUUUCUGAAGGGUUAUUUGUUGGUUUUGAUGUUUUGGUUUGGGUAAUGACUGCAACAAAUUCAUUGGGAGGGCUUUUGAUUGCGGGUAGUUUAAGUAGAAGAGAUUGAAAAUUUUUUUAAUUUCCAGUUGUGA